UUUCAGCGGGUGAGUAGAAGUGCUGUUAGAGUCCGGGACAGUCAGGUUGUGAAGAUUCCAAACCUGAACUUUAAAUCAAAGUGGAUGCUAUUUCACUUUAAUCCGUUUAUUUGCACGUCACUAUGCGAUAGAGACAGUUUUUUUAAGUUAGCAGGGUACAAGCAUCGGAUUCCUUCUUUGUCAACGCGGUUAAAAGGCCAUCACCAUGAACUCUGUACUGUCAUCGGUGCGUUCUCUCAUGCAAACGUUUGAUGGAAAAGCAAAGGAAUUCAUCAGUGACAUUGAUAAUGUCCAUGUGGUUUGGCUUGAGGAGAUCCAACAAGAAGCCAAGCGCAUGUUCUCAAGGGAUUUCAAUGCUGAACCCGAAUUGAUGCCAAAAACACCAUCGCAAAAAAAGAAUAGUCGAAGGAAGCGUGUUUCUGUGGGUCGUCAGGAAGAAAAUCAAACAAGGCGAAGGUUUUCAAAAGGAAAGCGUAGUAACCUUCGUGGCUCCUCUGUCAAAUCGCUAAACCUUAUUGCUGAAGAGGAAGCCAUUUCUGAGGCUUGUACCUCAGAGGCCAGCCCCACCACACUGCCCAAACGCACUACCCGUCAAAACCAACAGACUGAGCCAGAGGUAUUGGAGGAUGUGAGCUACUCGUCUCAUGGCAGCUGUGACGAGGUGCAAAACACGAAGCCUGAGCUGGUAGAGGAAGAAAAACUGGAUAUAAAUAACAAAGCAAACCAUCCAGAAGUAUCACCUGAUUAUACAUGUAGUGAUGCCCAGUCUCCACCCAAGAUGCCCUCACCCAAGGUUGUUGUCAGGAUCUCCUCAGCAGACCGCUUGUCUGCUGAGCUCGCCAAGGGUCUGGAACCUUCUCCUGGCCGCACAGCUUCUAAGAUCACAAUAGCUGAAGCUGCUCGACGCUCUCGCCGGAGCUCUGUGCGGUGCUCCCUCAAGCUACGUCAUUCUCUGGCUGGUCUGCGACACAGUAUGACACAGGAGUCCAUUCGCCGCGCCUCUCGUCGCUCCAUGCUCAAGAGGAAGACGGGUCGCACAGGCAACUCUUCAUGCAGCAGCAAUAUCACUGAGGAUUUGAGCAUGGACUCUGCAGAGGAAGAGGAUAAGGAAGUCAUGUCAGACGAUGUACCUGUAGACACUGAGGGUGCUGCUGCAGCAGAGGGAUCUUUGGAAACGGAAGUGCUUAAUUGGAGCGCUCAUCCAUCUAUUGGACGUGUUACCCGCUCUGUGGCUGCACACUCUCCCACACUGGCUCCCCCAUCGCUGUUUAUUGCAGAGCAGAGAGUGGGCACACCAGACAAGAGGAUGGUUGUAAAUGAGAAGCAACAAACCUCCCAGUCGGGCAGAAAGUCUCGUCGAAGUACCAAACGUAAAGCGCCAGACACUGUGGAGGAAAGUCCCACUAAGCGGCUCUCUCCACCCAAGAAAAGUCAUAGUGCGAUGAAGCCCCACAUGAAAUCUUUUUUCCACACUGUGCAGAAGAAUCAGAUGCUAAUGAUGACUCCAAAUUCCCUUGGCCGCUCAGGUGUUGUCAAGUCCUUCAUUAAAAACACCACUCCGAUGAAGACUGAUCCCAAGUUGAGUAUUGGUUUCGUGACAAAAGAGCGUUUCAAACUGGAAGCACUGAAAAAGAAGCAAGAGCAAGAAGAUGAAAGGAUGAAAAAAAUGGAGGAGGACAAGAAACGGAAACAAGAUGAACUUAAAAGGAAGAGGGAUGAGAGGCUAAGACGGGUGUUUGAGGCCAAAGUAAAAGAAGAGCAGAGGGAGGAAGAAAAGAAAAAGAAGAUUGAGCAGAAAAUGGCACAUAUCGACGAGAAAAAUGAUAAGCGACAGGCGGAUGAGAAGGCCAAGCGGAAGGUGGCCCUGAAACGUCUGGAGGAGCUUGAGCAGAAGAAGAAGUUGGAAGAAGAGGCUAGGAGGAAGAAGAUUCAGCAAGUGGAGGAAGAGAAGCGGCAGCAGGAGUUACUCGCGAAAAAGAAGCUGGAAGAGGAAGAACAGCGAGCUCGCAAACUGGCUGAAGCUCGCAAAGCACUGGAGCUGAAGAGGGAGCAGGAGCGAGAAAGGGAGCGAGAGCAGCAAGCUGCUGCUGAAAGGGAGCGACUUGAAAAAGAGAAAGCUCUCGCUCUGCAGCGUGAACUGGAGAAGGCUGCGAGAGAGAAGGAGAGGAGAGAACUGGAGGAGAAAAAAAGAGCACUUGAGGAAAAGCGAAAACAGCAGGAGGAGGAGCUGAGGUUUGCUGCAGAGAAAGCUGCUAAGGAGAGAGAGGCAGCAAAGCAAAGAGAGGCUGCUGCUAAGAAACAGAAACCUGCUGCUGCCCUCAAUGUGACUGUGGAUAUGGAGCAGUCUGUGAUGAGAACACCAGUUGGAAAAGGUGGAGGGCUCAAUGUGACUGUGGAUAUCGAGAAAUCUCCACAGUCGUACUCCAUCACUCCAAAGGGUGGCAACAAACCCCUGAUGAAGUCCAAAAAUGGAGACGAUUAUGGGAUGGACCAAAACAGUGAUGACUCUACUGAUGAUGAGUCUGCCCCAAAGAAACCUAUUCCAUCCUGGGCAGAAGGUCCCAACCUGCAGCAGAUAAUUAUGAAGCAGUACUUCAACCCUCCUGAUUUUGACUCAUUCUUUGGAGAAAUCGAACCACCAAGACUGGAGAACAUCUUUUACAAGAGCAAGCCUCGCUAUUUUAAACGCACCAGCUCCGCUGUGUGGCACUCCCCUCCAAUUGGAUCCAAGUAAUGUCUGUGCACUGUACAGAUGUACACUGCUGUAUAAAGUUUAUUUUUUUUCUGUAGUCUGUUUCCAAUAAAGUAACAUGCUUCCUUUUUCUAUUAUAUUAUAUUGUUCUUCUUAGGGGUCAACAUUUUGUGCAAUGUUGCUAGAUUGUAAAAUAUCAGUGACUUAUUUUAUGGGAUACAUGUGAGAUGACAUCUGUAUAAUAACACACAGGAAUCUGGAUGUUUGAAAGUUUUUGCUGAUUCAUAAAAAAAACCGUCUUUCAUUUGUAUGUACUGAAUGUAAAUGAUAGAAUCACUAUCUUUGGGAUUUUUAAAGUGCAUUAAAGGUAUUUCUUGCACAACGUAUUAAAAAAUUACAUCUAA